AUGAGACCUAAGAACAAGGAUCCAUACCGCAAUAACAACCAAGACAUCAGAUCUGGUGUGCCUGCAAUGAGAUCAACAAACAAUGGUGACCUAGGGUUUCAAAUCGCACAGAAAAAUGGAGAAAGAGAAGGGGAAAAACUCACUUGCUUCGAGAGGACGCAAAUCCACGGCACCUGCAACAAAUCGAAAGAGAGGGGACAGCGUAACUCGAGGCAGCAGUAUGCAUCCUGGAAACGUGGAAUCUCACCAGCUGAUGCCGCAUCUAGUGAUGAUGAAGGCUUACAACGUGCUUCAGUCUCUGAGACCGACGCUUCUCUAUCUGCAUCGCGCAAGUCUCUGGCAAGCAAUCAUUGUCUGAACUCAUGUUCUCUGCUAUCUGAAAAGAAUGGUCUUUCUGUGUUUCCACACAGGACAUUGAAUACCUGUUCAGUGUCAAAGAAUCUUUGUAGUUCCUCAGGACAUUCAGCACCUCCAGAUGAAUUGAUGCCAAAUGCUAUUGGUGAAACAGAAUUUAGUCAAGACGUUCUAUCUGAGAUGGUGCUUUCCGAUGGUCAGCAUAACACACUUGUCUGUGGAAGAAAUGCUAAUGAGACCUGUGAUAUGCUGUUGACUCCAGAAGUAAGGAAACAUAACAUCGCUUCAUCUCUCAUAAACCAGCAGACACAGGAAAGAUCAUUCUUUGUCAAGACACUCGGUGUGAAGAGAGGCAUUACCAAGAACAGAAGGGGGGAAACACACUCUAAAUCACAUCGGGGAAAAAAUGAUGCCCCUGAGCAUAUGCAAAUUCAAUUGAAGGGAAACAGGAAUUUCUCUAGCAAGCAAUUUUUAUUCGCUUCGAGUGCCUCUCCAGAAUGUCAGACAACUUCAGCUCAGACUCUACAGGUCACAGGAGGGACAAGUAGCGGUUCAGAUGCUGAAGUGGCUAGAAACGAAGGUACUGGUCUGUUGGACAAAGAGCUUGCUGCUACAAUCAACAUGAUCUGUGAAGGGAACAGAAAUGCAGAUGUGUGCACAGACACUGCUGAUACCCAAGUGACAAAAAGCAACUUUCUUACCGAUACACCUCUGCAGUCUCAUGAUCGACUAGUUCCACAGGACGGGAACCAAGUGGAUGAGGGAUCAAUCCUACAAAGUUUGCAGAAUGCUGGGAGCUUAGUGUUUACCUCUGACAACAUCUUAUUGAGUAGCUUUUCCUCUUCUGGGAACUCAAUGGCUUCAGACUUGGCUUUCUCUCAAAUCUCUGGUCACCAGGUUCCAUUUGUCAAGAGAUCACCUGCAUGGCAUCUAGUGGAUGUGAUGGACGUGUUUAAGGAGGAAUGGCUCUAG